GAACGGCCUACCAUCUCCAUUGGCAUCCACAUCCGUGACAGACUGACAGCCCUUGACACUGGUCCUGGUCCCAGCCCUCCCUCGCACUCCUAUGGCGAUCCCUCCCCGGAUCACGGCGGCCGGUGGCGGCGGUCGCAAGACGAGGGUGCCGCCGCUCCCACCGGCGAGAACUCUCCUGACAGCCUUUGCCGCGGCGGUGGCGCUGGCUAUCCUUUGCUUCCUCUCCUCGUCCCCCACCGCCACGCUGUCGGGUUCAUGGAGAUCCGGGGCCAGAAGCGGUGACAAGUACCUCUACUGGGGCAGCCGCGUGGACUGCCCCGGCAAACACUGCGGCUCCUGCGCGGGGCUCGGGCACCAGGAGUCCAGCCUCCGCUGUGCUCUCGAGGAGGCCCUUUUCCUCGGCAGAAUAUUUGUGAUGCCCUCAAGAAUGUGCCUAAGUUCACUGCAUAACACCAAGGGAAUUAUCCAAAAUGGUGCAACUACAAAACAGAGAUGGGAAGAAAGUUCAUGUGCAAUGGAAUCUCUAUAUGAUAUAGAUCAGAUCUCAAGAACAGUACCAGUUAUUCUGGACAACUCAAAAAACUGGCACGAUAUAGUAUCAAGAAGCAUGAAACUAGAAGUGGGAGGUGUGGCACAUGUGCAAGGAAUUAGCAGAGGUGAACUCAAACAAAAUUCCAUAUACUCAACAGCUCUCAUAAUAAAUCGCACUGCAAGUCCCCUUGCUUGGUUUAUGGAGUGCAAGGAUCGCAAGAAUCGUAGCUCAGUGAUGUUAUCCUACAACUUUUUGCCAAGUAUGCCAGCGGAAAAACUGAGGAAUGCAGCAAAUAAGAUGAAAGAAAUACUUGGUGAUUAUGAUGCUAUUCAUGUGAGACGUGGUGAUCUAUUGAAAAAUCGGAAAGAUAGAUUUGGUGUUGAACGGAGCCUUCAUCCUCAUCUAGACAGAGACACCCGACCUGAGUACAUUAGAAAAAGAAUUGCACAAUGGAUUCCACCAGGUCGAACAUUAUUCAUUGCAUCAAAUGAAAGAACUCCAGGCUUCUUUUCCCCUCUGUCAGACAGGUUUCUACCUCUAUGUGUGCUAUUAUAUCAAGAACCACUUUGUGCUUACCGAAAGUGUUUGCUCAUUCAUUUGGCAACAAUUCAGGUACAAGUUAGCGUACUCGUCCAACUUCAGUAGCAUAUUGGAGCCAAUAAUUGAGAAUAACUAUCAGUUAUUCAUGGUAGAGAGGCUAAUGAUGCAAGGAGCAAAGACAUUUAUCAAGACAAUGCGAGAAUUUGGGAGUGAUUUAACCCUUUGUGAUGAUCCCAAAAAGAACACCAAAGUCUGGCAAAAGCCAGUAUAUACAGAUGAUUGACGUUAGUUGGUCGUCAAAUAUAAUGCAGACUUGCAGAGCUCACUCUUUUAGCAACCUGAUGGCCUGACAUGGACAGCUGAUUAAACCUGAAGCUGGCAUGGUAGUGUUUGCUGUUAUUGCAGAAGCCGUCUAAAAUCAGCCAGCAGUGGUGGACACUACACCUACGGUUCAUUUCAGCGCAUCUAUUCAUACUACCACGUGUACUUAUAAUCUGGAAAAAGCCAAAAAGUCAUGACCUUUUUUUUUCAUAAUUUUACAAUUAGGAAGUAGUUCACAACUUACAAGAGAAGAUUUGUUUGCAGAUUUAGAAUGCAUAUACAUGUCACAUCCUUCUGUACAGCAUGUGUAAGAAUGAACCAGCACUGUGAGGCUUAUGUGUGGAGAAUAUCAGUAAUUGUUAUUAUCUUUUAAUUCGUAUGGGUGUGUAAGAAACAACCUGCACAGUGAGGCUUAUGUGUGGAGAAUAUCAUGAAUUGGUUGUUAUCUUUUAAUUU